AUGGUAACAUCAAAAGAACCAACAGGAGAGAAACCUUAUGAUUGUAAUCAGUGUGGAAAGGCUUUUACAGAGAACUCCAAACUUGCCCUACAUCAGAGAAUCCACACUGGAGAGAAACCUUACAAAUGUAAUCAGUGUGGAAAGGCUUUCCCCUAUAGGGCUCUUCUUGCUUACCAUCUGAAAAUCCACACUGGAGAGAAACCGUAUCAAUGUAAUCAGUGUGGAAAGGCUUUUACACAAAACUCUAUGCUUGCUGUACAUCAGAGAAUCCACACUGGAGAGAAACCUUAUGAAUGUAAUCAGUGUGGAAAGGCUUUUACACAGAACUCUAUGCUUGCUGUACAUCAGAGAAUCCACACUGGAGAGAAACCUUAUGAAUGUAAUCAAUGUGGAAAAACUUUCCGACAGAACUCCAGUCUUGUUGUACACCAGAGAAUUCACACUGGAGAUAAACCUUAUGAAUGUGAUCAAUGUGGGAAGGCUUUCAAAGAGAACUCCAAACUAGCUGUACAUCAGAGAAUCCACACUGGAGAGAAACCUUACGAGUAUAAUCGGUGUGGAAAGACUUUCCGGUGCAGUUCCAGUCUUGCUGUGCAUCAGAAAAACCACACUGGAAAGAAACCUCAUGAGUGUCAUGAAUGUGGUAAAACUUUUGGUGAACACUCUUCCCUUAUUGCACAUCAGAGAAUCCACACUGGAGAGAAACCUUAUGAAUGUAAUCAGUGCGGAAAGGCUUUCACACAGAAUUCCCAUCUUUCUAAACAUCAGAGAAUCCAUACUGGAGCAAAACCUUAUGAAUGUCAUCAGUGUGGAAAAGCUUUCACAGAGAACUCCAGUCUUGCUGUACAUCAGAGAAUCCACACUGGAGAGAAACCUUAUGAGUGUAAUCAAUGUGGAAAGUCUUUCACACGGAAUUCGAGUCUUGCUGUACAUCAAAGAAUUCAUACAGGAGAGAAACCUUAUGAAUGUAAUCAGUGUGGAAAGGCUUUCAAACAGAACUCCAAACUUGCCCUACAUCAGAGAAUCCAUACUGGUGAGAAACCUUAUGAAUGUAAUCAGUGUGGAAAAGCUUUCAAAAAGAACUCCAGUCUUGUUAUACAUCAGAGAAUCCACACUGGAGAGAAACCUUACAAGUGUAAUCAGUGUGGAAAAGCUUUCCCCUAUAGGGCUCUUCUUACUUACCAUCUGAAAAUCCACACUGGAGAGAAACCAUAUGUAUGUAAUCAGUGUGGAAAGACUUUCACAAGUAAGUCCAGUCUUGUUAGACAUGAGAGAAUCCAUACUGGAGAGAAACCAUAUGAAUGUAAUCACUGUGGAAAGACUUUCACAAAUAGAUCGAGUCUUCCUAUACAUCAGAGAAUCCACACUAGGGAGAAACUUUAUGAAUGUCAUCAGUGUGGAAAGGCUUUCAAAGAGAACUCCAGUCUUGCUUACCAUCUGAAAAUCCAUACUAGAGAGAAACCAUAUGAAUGUAAUCAGUGUGGAAAGACUUUCACAAAUAAGUCCAGUCUUGUUAUACAUGAGAGAAUCCAUACUGGAGAGAAACCAUAUGAAUGUAAUCACUGUGGAAAGACUUUCACAAAUAGAUCGAGUCUUGCUAUACAUAAGAGAAUCCACACUGGAGAGAAACCUUAUGAAUGUCAUCAGUGUGGAAAAGCUUUCACUCAGAACUCCCAUCUGUCCAAACAUCAGAGAAUACAUACUAGUGUGAUGGGUGAAAUCUGAAUUAACUGAGGGAACAAAGGACUGAACAUCUGAGCAUGUCGAUUUAUUAAAUAAUACAUGCCAAUUGCUUAACAAAUCAAGACCAAGCAUCCUUUCCAAGUUGGGAGAGAGAGGAGCAAGUUUAUGAAUUGGAAGGGUCUGGUAGAGCAAGCAAGUGAAUUUUUCUGGAUGUGAAACAGGAUGUCAUGUAAGCCCUUUUCUUAGCAAGCAGGUAGAAUUUAUUUAAGAAAAGGAAUUUUAGGACUCAAUAUAGUUUUAUGAGGAAUCAGUUUGGUUCACAUAAUUCUCAAAAAUUUCACUGGAGAGAAACUAUGAAUGUUAUCAAUGUGAAAGGGUCGUUAUUUGGAAUUAAAAUCCUGCUAUUCAUCAGGGAUGCCACACUGGAGAGGAAAUUUAUGAUGUUAACCAAUGUGUAAAGACUUUCCCAUGUAGGAUCUAUCUUGCUUACUCUUUGAGAAUCUACUCUGGAGAGAAACUUUAUGGAUCUAUAAUCAAUUUGGAAAAGCUUUCUCAUGGAAUUUUAGUCUUGCUGUACCUCAGAGAAGCCACACAGAGAAAAUUUAUAAUUAUAAUCAAUGUGUAAAGGCUUUUCCAUUAUAGAACCCAUUUUGCUUACUAUGUAACAAUUCAUACUGGAGAGAAAUUUUAUGAAUGUGAUCAAUGUGGAAAAUCAGACACAACUCUAGUGUUCCUCUUUAUUAGAGAACCCAUACUGAAAAAAAAAAAAAACCUUAUAAAUAUGAUAAAUCCCUUCAAUAAAAUUCAUGCAUUAUUUUCCA